GGGGUGGCCCCAAUCUCGAACCGACGUUCAUAAGGGGAAAAAUAAGCACGAUAUGAUCGUCUUAAUGUAACCAUGCUUGUCAUCUGUCGAAAUUUUCAGCAAGAUGGAUGACCCGCCGGCGGAAGGGCACAGCGGCGGUCGUAGACCGUUGGAUUUGAAGGCUGUGGACGUCAGAAGUGGCUGUUAACGAAAGAGGGAAGAAGAAGAAGAAGAAGAAGAAGAAGAAGAAGAAGAAGAAGAAGAAGAAGAAGGGAGAAGAAGAAGGAGAAGAAGAAGGGAGGAGGAGGAGAAGAAGAAGAAGAAGAAGAAGAAGAAGAAGAAGAAGAGAAGAAGAAGAAGGGAGAAGAAGAAGAAGAAGAAGAAGAAGAAGAAGAAGAAGAAGAAGAAGAAGGGAGAACAAGGAGUGCAACGGGCUUUGGUGUUGUGCCGUUGGCUGCAGUCAGCAGCGAUGGCGAACAGAACCGAUCCGUCGGCUAAGAGUGUACAUGGAACCAAUCCUCAGAAUCUUGUGGAGAAGAUUCUCAGAUCAAAGAUUUAUCAAAACACGUAUUGGAAGGAGCAAUGCUUCGGUCUGACGGCGGAAACCCUAGUGGAUAAAGCGAUGGAGUUGGAUCAUUUCGGAGGGACGUAUGGAGGAAGCCGGAAGGCAACGAACUUCAUGUGUCUUACGCUGAAGAUGCUGCAGAUUCAACCGGAGAAGGAGAUAGUAGUGGAGUUCAUAAAGAACGAGGACUAUAAAUAUGUACGCAUAUUGGGGGCGUUCUAUUUACGGCUGGUGGGGAAACCGACGGAUGUGUAUCUGUAUCUGGAGCCGCUGUACAACGACUACAGGAAGUUGAGACGGCGGAAGGAGGAUGGGAGUUUUGCAUUGAGCCACGUGGACGAGUUCAUCGACGAUUUGCUGACGAAGGACUACAGCUGUGACGUGGCGCUGCCGAGAAUCCCGAAGAGGUUCACGUUGGAGAGUGCGGGGCAGCUGGAAGUGAGGAGGAGCGCGCUAGAGGAGGAUUUCGAGGAGGGGGGGGGGGGGGGGGGGGGGGGGACGGACAGGCUGGGGCCAGGUGGAGCUGCGGAAAUGAAUGGCGGCGGAGGCGGCGGCGGUGGCGGCGGCGGAGGCGGGGUGGACAAGGCGGUUCGCCGUGGGGGAGGAGGCGGGGGAAGCAGUCCCCCUCCGCUGCGCGAGCGCGAUAGAGAGCGCGAUCGAGACCGCGACAGGGAUGGUGGAUAUCAUGACAGGGAGAGAGGUGGACGCGGUCGGGAGCGGGAUAGGUACAGAGAUCACAGGGAAAGGGAGAGAUGGGAUCGCGACCGCGACCGCGAUCGGGAUCGGGAUCGGGAUCGAGACAGGGAUGGGUAUCGGGACAGAGAGAGGGAUGCAUUCGACUACAAGUCGGGGAGGGGAGAACGAGACAGGGACAGGGAGAGGGGGGAUAGAGACAGAGAUAGGGAUAGGGAUAGGGAUAGAGAUAGGCACCGCCAACAGCAGCAGCAGCCACCGCAAGGCGACAGGGACCGCUAUCGGGAGCGGGAUGGGGAUCGAGCUCUGAGGCACAGAAGCAGGAGUCGGAGUCCCGAUCGUGAUCGCCCACAGGACCGUCGUGACAGGGACAGGGAUAGGGAAAGGGAUAGGGAUAGGGAAAGGGAGAGGGAUAGGUCACCGGGCGCGGCGGCGGGUGUCGAGAGGCGCAGGCGGCAUCGGAGCAGGAGCAGGUCGCUGGAAAAUACAAGAGAGGGGGAGGCAGAGGCGAGGGAGAAGGGAGAGAAGGACGAGAGGAGGGAGGACAAGAAGAGAAAGAGGAAAGAUCACCAACAGCAAGCUGACCUCAGAGCGACCAAUAACGCAGCAGCAGAUCCCGAGAUUGAAGAGGCCAAUCGCUUAAGAGCAGCGCUUGGUCUUAAGCCCCUAAGAGUUUGACUAUUGAUUCACAUGAUGAAUGUUGGCGUGUACAGUAUCACAGAAUAUCUCGACUGUCAAGCCCUCACCUCUCUUUCGUCUCGCUAUUCCCUACACGAUCAUCCCUGUGACCCAGGCAUAUCCUGUGCAUGGACUUCCCUGCGGCACGGUUAGGUAGGGGGAGAAGGGGGGAAGAGGACGGGCGCACAGAGAGAGAGAGAGAGAGAGAGAGAGAGAGAGAGAGAGAGAGAGAGAGAGAGAGAGAGAGAGAGAAGGGGAGGGGAGGAGGAGAGGGAGAUGGUGGUAAUGUGGGUAAGAACGCUUUAAGGGGAGCGUGAUGGACAUAUCCCGAAAAGAGAGAAAGGGAGUUGUUUUGGUGGAAUGCAUGCGAUUGCUCUGGACGAAGGCUUGCAUAGCGGGAGGGGUUUAGCCAUGAACAGUCACACAGAGAGAGAGAGAGAGAGAGAGAGAGAGAGAGAGAGAGAGAGAGGAAGGCAAGGAGGGCGUUUCGAUGUACAACAGAUGUCCUAGAUGUUUUGAAUUGGAUUGCCAAAUGCGAAUUCGUUGAUUACGUGUCCGAAGCAGGUCGGAUUUUGUUUGUCACGGGUGUUGAUCUCUGAUUGGUUGGUUAAUUUCUUCGCUGAGUAGCCGCGGACUUUUUUCUUCUGAGAGCUUCGCGCGGCCCUUUUCCGCGUUCCUGAAGCUGUGGAAACGAUGCCUCACUUCAUUCCGCUCGGCAGUGAGCUCAAGAGCAGAAACAGAUGCAGUUGGUGUUCUCUCGCCUUGCCCAUCUCCUCGUUCCUUCGAUUCCCGGCUUUGAUGUCAUCCUCUUUUCGGUCCGUUGAAUGAAGUCACCUUCUUUUCGGUGUGUUGAAUGAAGUCACCCUCUUUUCGGUGCGUUGAAUGAAGUCGCCCUCUUUUCGGUGCGUUGAAUGAAGUCACCCUCUUUUUGGUGCGUUGAGUACUACCAGCAUCAGCAUCAGUAUCAGCAUCAGCAUCGUCACUGUUCUCAUUAACGAUCUUGAUCAUCACGAUGAUCAUCAUGGUCAUCGUGUUCAUCGUCAUGUCGUUUGAAUGAUGAUACUGCUAUCUAUCUAUCUGGCGUCAUUCACUUGGUACUGUAAUAGAGAGAAGUGGAGGUCGAUUUACUACCUUCUUCCCCCGAAUAUAACGUACGGUCAUUAUAGCUGUAUUUGGGGCAUCUUUCCGUCUAAAUACAGCAAUAAUUUACUACUACCGUCUUCCCCCGAACAUAACGCACCCUGAAAAUGAACGUAUGCAAGGCAU